AUGUCGGUUCGCAGUUUGAAGGACAAUCCAGCUGCGGGAUGCGCGCCAGCCGCUUCUGCAGACGCCACGGCGCAGGGCAAUCAUGGAGAAGAUUUGAAUCCAGACUCGAUCACGCGACUACCCGGCUUGCAGACCGUGCCGAAAUCAAGCGCCAGAAGGCCAACCGUGCCACCACGCUGGGGACCAACUGCGUCUGGUGAUGGCUCUGUCUCGGGUGAGGGUGCAGUCUCAUCGCACGGGAACAGCACGCAGAACCCGAACCACGUCGCAAAUGCUUGGGACGGCUGGUUCAACACCGGGCACUCAAUGGAUGAGAUGUUCAACCAGCACUUGUAUUCGGGGGACUACGACUACACAAGCUGGAGCCAGGCUUGGCACAACAGCUGGCAAGCAUGGCCGUGGCCAGGUUCCAAAGGCUCCACGGUUCGGCCACCGAACGCAGUGCAGACCGAAGUGCAACAACGAAAGGCGGAAGAGCAAGAGCAGCAAGAGUGGGAGAAGAAGCUGGCAGAGGCCAUCGACACUGAUGUCCUGGCCGGCUUGAAGAUGUUGUUGGAGGGCAGGGGGUCUGGUACGGCUGGCGAAAGUCCGAGCCCUCCCCGUCCCGAGUUGGUGGCCAAGAUUUUGGAACGAGCCGCAGUGCAGGGACCUGUUGCACUCGUUGAGGUUGCCGAGGGUCUCUUUGGCACCCAGUCCGGUGCGAAGAUGACACUCGACAUACCAACCUAUGCGGGAAUGCUGCAGAGGCUAGUUCUCGAUCCAGCUUGCUAUCGGCCGGCAGCAGUCCGGCUGCUGCUAAAUGUGGCUUUGAGCAAGGAGAGCCCUGUGGUACCUGUGGCACCGGGGAUUCUCACGGACUCCGAGACAGUCAUAUGCGAACGGAACGUGCAGGACAAAGACAUCGAGGAGGAGGAGGAGAAAGACGAAGUUGGGAAGGAAUGGCCCGAAGAGCUGGUCUUCCGGAAUUCUGGUUGUUGGCCGGAACUCAACGGAGUUUUCAAGCGCACGCGGGACUUUGAUCAUGUAAGCCAGCAUCAAAGGCCCACCUACGAAAGGAUGGUGUCUGCAAGAUCUGGAGACAUGAGACUGUUAUGCUUUUUCUGGGAAUACAGUUGCGAGCGCGAGCGUGGAGAGCAAGGGGCCCAAAAUGAUGCUGGCGCUGCAGGCACGGCCAAAAAGAGGCGUCGCCGAGCAGUCUCUGUUGAGCGUGGGUGGUGGUUGGGCAAACGGAUGGGCGGCGCUGAUCUGAUGGGCAAGGGUAAGCCGGGUAACUCCGAGCUCUCCGAGCUUCCAACGGGGGAGGAUUGGCAAUUGAAGCCACCAGGCGUCGAAGUCUUUCAAGCCGAUCCUGGAGGCUUCGUUGAUCAAGAGCAGCUGGGUAUCGAGGCAUUGCAGCGGCUUAACUUGAGCAGCCUUCAGGGACAUGUUGUCUCACCACAAGGCGUGCACAGUGCGCGAUACUUUGGCCACUUCUGCAGUCUGUUGCACCUGGAAUACCUGCAAGAAGUCGCUACAUUACGUCGACGUGCUUCGCGACGUUCGGGAGAAGAACUUGAACGAGGUGGUUGGGCUUUGACUGGCAUGCGUGUUCGCGACGUUGUGGAACGACCGGCCAAAGGCAAGGGUCGUAAAGGAUCGGGAAAGGGACCGACGUCUGGCUUCCAGAUGUUUCUGUGGCUGCCACCCAAGACGGACAUUGACAGGUUGCGAUUUCGGAAGGGCGACAGCAUCAUUUUGUCCGCCACGCAUCCUUUGCAGGACAGGCUCGCAGAAGGACAGCUCCAGGACAUAACAGACAAGUGGGUUUUGCUUUCCUUUGAAGAAGUUUCGCCUCCGCAAGGCUGUAAACAGCGUCUUUGGCGAGUUGACAAAGGAAGCAACAGGCUAAGCUACGCGAGGCAACUGGAUUCGCUUGUGUCCCUGUGCACCGGUUACGUUGACAGCACCUCGGUAGGUGAGGAUUGUUCCAAGAUAUUUGAGAUCAUCAGAAACGGAAAUGUGGGUCAAGCCGACUCUUGGGCAUCGCGUGUAUGGAGCGACCUGAAAGAAACAGCGGUCAGCGAUUCUACGGCUGCGACUGCGGAGCUCGCCGAGCAAAAGGGCGACGAAUCACAGGUACAGAGGAUGCAGACAGAGGCACCCAGAGCAGAGCUUGCAGAGGCUUUCAAGCCAGGUGAGGUUGUCACCUUACACGGCCUUCAGGCUGAAGAUCUGAAUCAUCAGCAGGGCGAAGUUGUCGCUGUGAAUGGGAGCAUCCGUCAAGCGGGCGAGCACGCCGUUGAAGGUGAAGACGUGCGGAUAAACGUUCAGGUGAAUGGUUCUGUAAAAGCCGUAAGAGUUUCUAAUUUGAAGAAGGUGGACAGCGAAUCUACCGCCGACAGCUCCGCAAAGGCUGCGACCGGCACUGCGGCAACAGCCGCCGAGAAGAUGAUUUGCGAUGCGGCCAUGCUGACGAAGUGUGUUGAAAGUAUUCCUGCCACAUGCACGGACUCCCAGCGACGGGCUGUGGCUGCCACGUGUGAAAGACGCCUCACCAUUAUCCAAGGCCCUCCCGGCACAGGCAAGACUGCGACGGCCGUGCAGAUCCUCCGCUCCUGGGCCCAGUUGGGAUUGAAACCACUUUUGGCGGUGGCCGAUGGGAACAUCGCGGUUGACAACAUAGCAGCAGGGCUGGCGAAGCAGGGAGUCGACGUGAGAGCAGUACGUGUGGGUCGGCCAGAGAAGAUCCGGCCGGAAUUGGAAGAAAUAACCCUGGACAAUCAACUCCGUCGCAUGAAGAAGCAGAAGCAGGAGCAGAAGGCAGCCGAGGAGCGAGCAGCAGCCAUGGCCGUUCUGGAGCAGAUGACGCUCAGAGAUCUCAAGCUCCAGGACAGAGAUGCCGAUGCAGGCAUUCUGCCCAGCACCUUGCAGGCAGCACAGGUCAGUGACCAGCAAGCGAAGGGAAGCAGUGAGGAGCAGAGAGAAGGCCGUGAGCAGAUGCACAUACCGGCAGCGAGGGUGCUUGAACUUGCGCUGGAGUCCAUCUGCACCGCAGAGGCUUCCAAAGCUGAGGCAGCUGCUGCAGAAAUUCUGGAAGCACGAACUGAAGCAGAAGCGCAACAUCAAGAGCAACAGAAGCGAAUUCAAGCGCGCAGGGAGGAUGCGGAGAUGCAGCUCCAGGCGCUUCGUGAGGCCGACGUGCUUUGUGCACAGUUAAUCACUGCCGGAGGCGGCUUGCUUGCAAAGCUCGGCCCUUUCAAGGGCAUCUUGAUUGACGAAAUUGCACAGGCCACAGAAAUAGUGUCUCUCGUCCCCAUCGUCCAGCGACGCUGUGAGCGUGUCGUACUCGCGGGAGACCAUUGCCAGCUGCCGCCAACGGUGCAAUCUCAAGAGGCAGAGCGCAGAGGCUUAACACUGUCGCUGUACGGUCGUCUUGUGCAGGAAGGCCUGGAGCCAUACUUCUUGGACACGCAGUUCCGUUCCCACCCGAAGCUUGUGGAGUGGGUUGCAAGCUCCAUAUACGGAGGGCGGCUGAAGAGCGGAAUUCACGAUGGCGCCCGUCCUCCAAUGAAAGGCUUUGAUUGGCCCAGGAAGAAGGUCCCAGUGGCUUUCGUUGAGAUGGGGCGAGCAUCACGAGAAUCCCAGGAGCACGAGUCGAAGAUGAAUUCGGCUGAAGCAGAAAGAGUCGUUCACAUCAUCGAGUCCGUAUUGGAUGCCGGCUGCACUGCCGAAGACCUUGGAGUGGUGACCCCGUACAUGGCGCAGGUGCGGCUUCUUCGGACAUCAUGGAGGAAUCGCUGCAAGGAGAGGGGCAUGAAAUGGAAUGCAUCGAAGAACUCCAGAACGCUUGAAAUCGCCAGUGUCGACAAUUUCCAAGGCCGCGAGAAGGAACUGAUCGUUUUCUCGGCCGUGAGGAACAACGCUGCUGGACGGGUGGGCUUCCUUGCAGAUUGGCGACGACUGAAUGUGAUGUUGACUCGUGCUCGACGAGGCCUCGUCGUUGUUGGCCAUGGCCUCACCUUGAAGAAGGAUCCUUACUGGCUGCAGUGGCUCGGGUGGUGCGAAUCUCACCGAGUGAUCGUUGACAAGCAGGCCUGGCACGACAUCGUUCGUGCCGCGAAGCGGGCGGAAAAGAGACCACAUGUCAAGUCACUCUUGCACAACCUCUUCGAAUUCGAGCAGGCACCCCAGACGGAAAAGGCAUUCUGCAAAUUCGUCAAAGAGCACUUGGGAGAUCGCUGUCAGGGGCCGGAUGAUGCAGAAAUGCUGUGGCAGGCGGUGACGAAAGCGAGAGAAGAGGCCUCUGCUGCUGCACAGCGUCGCUCCAACGAGGAGGAACUGCCCAAGAUGCUCACCGAGGUCGCCAUUGCAAAGCCUGCUGACAUUCCGAAGCUGAGAUUUCAGGACCUCGGGGAUCCGGAUCCCAACCGGCGAAGCCGCUGGCGAAGUUGGAAGUUUGUUGCCCAGGAGUUUCUUUGGGCACCGAACCCCGAGCAUACAUGGAGCUGGCAAGAGCUCAAGGAGAAGAUGCACGACUACUACCAGACAUUUCUGACCGCGUCCAAUCAAACAGACAACCGGUCAAAGAAGCAGCUUUUCCGUGAAAUGAGGCAGUCCCUGCCAGAAGAAUGGUUCGUGAAGGACACUACUCUGCAGGUGCAACUGAAGCCUCUGGACCAGCAGCAAGCGGCAAGAAUGGUGUGGAAAGCGAAUCGCCAGGAUUUCCACGAGCAAGGAGCCUCCCACGCUGAAUGCAUCUCCAUCUCCAAAGAAAAGGAAGAGGUGGAUGUAGCUGAUGUCGGAAUGAAGUUUGGCAAGCAGCUGGAAAGACACAAGGUCACCGGCUGGGAGGCUUUCUACAUUGACUACGGCGGGCUGAAGCGCUCUCUCAAGGAUCAUUACGGGGCUUUGAAGCCCCGUUCAAAAGCAAACGACGGCGCCUCUUCCAGCGAAGGGUCUCCCCGUGGUGACUACGAAUGCAAGAUCAGCGACGAGUGGUUCGAGGAGCUGAGUGCCUGUGUCCAUCGGGUGAACUACCUCCUCACAUCGACUGCUGGCGAAGUGGAGGAAUUCGAAGAGAAGGAUCCCUUCAGUGAUCAUGUGAAAAGUAGACUCGAUAGGUUGAAGUGUCAGCUGCGUGAGUUUGCUGAUCAGCUUGGCCUGGACGGGGAUUUGCAGAUGAAUUCUCCGCAUGAUAAGUCUGCCACCGAGAAUCUGUGGGCAUUGGCGAGGAUCUCCUUUUCUCUUGGGGUGAUCUCCAUGGCACUUAUAGUUUUGGCAGUCCUGUCUGGAAUGGAGCCUCAAAUAAAUCACUACUCCGUUGAAGAUCUGGCAGCUACGAUACCUGUUUUUCGCCUUUCCUUCAUGAUGAGCUUAACAGCCUGGCUGGCUGGUGCAUGUGCCAGCGUUUUCGAGCGGUACAACAUCAAUUAUUUGUUUCUAUUAGACAUCUCUCCAGACCUGGAUGUUUCAGCAAUCUCCUUGCUGAACUAUGCGUCUGUUCAGACUGGAGUCUGGAUUGUUCUCACAUUCUGCUUUCUGGCAGACAUGAAAUUUGGCGCUGUGCUUUUCAACAUUCACCCGGAGAUUCACAAGCUUGGCUGGUCCCUAGCUCACGUCUACUCCUUCAGCGUGCUGAUGCUACAGCUUUGCAUAACCUCUUGGUGGGUGUCCAGGGGCGCUCGCCAGCUAUUCUCGAGAUUGAUCUUGCGCGUCUCUUGCUUCUCUCUGCUAGGAGAAGUUAGCUUCGCAGAAAACAUUUUUGCUGACCUUCUGACCUCGUUUGGCCGACCUUUAAAAGAUGUGGCCUACACUUCAUGUUACUUUCGCAAUUGGCAGACAUUAAACGCCCGUGACAUUCGGGUACAAUGCAAGCAAGACAAGGGGCUCGCGUGGGCGAUGCUUCAAUUAAUCCUGGUGCUGCCGCUGGUCUUCCGAAUUGCACAGUGCCUACGCCGGAUGCACGAUACAGGUGACACAGCAAGGCACUUGCUCAACUGUGUUAAGUACUGCCUGGCAAUUAUCGUCAGUUUGCUGGCUGCCGUCCAUCAGCUCCCGCUGGGACUGGCACCGUUAGAAUUCGACAUGGUGCGGAUGUUGAGUUACAUAGCAGCCACUUCCUAUGCUGCAACCUGGGACAUCGUGGUGGACUUCGGGCUCACAGUCAGCAACCGGCACCGCUUGUAUCCUCGCCCUUCGUAUGCUGUUCUAGCGUUCGUGGAUGUGGCUCUGCGCACGACGUGGCUACUGACAUAUCUGCCCGAUUGCCAUGCCUUCGUUCGUGCAUCAACUUUCAACCGCGAGUGCUUUGCGUUCAUGAUCAGUUCCCUCGAACUCAUACGUCGUGCAGUUUGGGCAGCAGUGCGAAUCGAGCACGAGCAUCAAAGCAAUGCUGGCCGCUUUCGCUCGGUCUGCUGGGUCCCGCCUCUUGAACAUCGAAGGCCGGUGGAGUCAGACCUGCACAAGCUCCACCUUCAAAGGAAGAAAACGUCGGAAGUUCUGGUGCCUCUCAGUCCAGAGCCGCAGUCGCCUGUGCAAUCGAUGGAAUCAACUGCACGAGCCGGUGCUGAAUUCGUGGACCGCACGGUGGCGAAGGUAGUCGUCCCCGAGGACCCUUUCGCACUGCGGCCGACUAGACGCUUUGAGCAGCAGUUGCAGAGCCACUUUGGAAAGAAGCUUGGCCAAAGCGAACCUACCGACUAUUGUUCGACAGAGAAGCUGGGAGCUUUGACGCCUGCCGUAGAGGUGCUGGUCGCCGCGGACUGCGUCACUCAUCCUACCAGCCUACUCGCCAAGAGAAUCAUGGACGCAAUCGGUCCAGCAGACGCGGCCCCCGUCGCAGAAGACCUGGAGUCGAAAACCUCCAGGCCUCGACGAGACCGCAAGUCCAAUGCCGAGACGCAGAACGGUCUCCCAGUUUUCUGUCGAACUAGACACUUCAACAGAGCAACGGCUACGUAUUCGGUGCCACUCUGGGACUUCACUUCUCGAUGGUUGCCUGACGAGCUAAAGGCCCUCGAGCCCACCAGGUCAGUUCGGGGCUCUCGUGGUUUUGAACCUCCUGGCCGGACGGGAGAGGCUUCAGAGGAGAAUGAUACUGAGAUCGGAGGAGAAGAAAAGGAGAACCAGCCCGAAGAUCCGGGACCAGAUCUUCCAAGCGAGAGUGAAGAAAGCGAGGUUGCUUGGGAGGGGCACUUGGGUGUGGAAAGCAGAGCCUGGGCAAGGGGUGUGGUCGAUGGAGCGCUUAUACUGCUGCGACGACUGCAAUGCGGGUCAGAUCCUCCAACAAUAUAUGGCUUGGGGGUUUGUGCAGCUUUGAUUCCGCCCGAGACUCUUGCAGAAGGCAGUGAUCUGUCCUUGGACAGGCGUCUAGCGGAGAUUUUGCGGACCCGCUCCCCUCGGUGGGCUGUGUGUGCGUUACGCAGUGGCCAUUUCGCCGGGGCCGUUUUCAACGGCCAAGAGGCCGUUAUCCACAAAGCGAUUCAUCGGUACACUGUCCGUGCCAAAGCUGGUGGAUCGCAGAGUGCGUGCGACAGCAGCAAGAAAGUGAAGAGUGUUGGCUCUUCCCUGCGCCGCUAUGGAGAGCAGCGGCUCGCAGAAGAAAUCAAAGAGCUAAUGACUGACAAAUGGGCACAGCACUUGGCCGAGUGUGAAUUGGUUCUGGUAUCUGUUUCGAAACGGAUGAGGCCGACCCUUGUUGGCACUGAGAAGGAGCCGUUUUUGCCCGACCCGCGCAAAGUCCGCAAACUGCCUUUCAUGAUUGGCAAGCCAACUUUCGAAGCGGUCCAAGCAGCCUAUCUCCGGGCUGCUAGUGUUGUGUUCUGCGAAGAAGGCGUUGCAGAUGCAGUGACUGCAAGGUUCAGGCCGGCACCUGCCAGAACGGAAGAGCCUAAGCAGGCGGCGCCUCCUUCAGAAGAGAUAGCAGAAGCAGAACCGGUGCAAGCUCCGGCUGUCAAGUAUUCUGAGGAGGAUGACCCUCUCUUCUCGAGUCUGCAUGUGGCAGCCCAAGCCAAUGAUGUCAUGGCGAUCACAGAAGAACUGGAGCAGGGUGCAGACCCGACUUCUCGAGACAGCAAGGGCCGAGUGCCGUACUAUCUAUGUGCAACGCCGCAGGCGCGAGAAGCCUUUCGAAAGUGGCGGGGCAGCAACGAAGAUGCUUGGGAUUGGGCAUCUGCGCAGGUGCCGGAAGGAAUCACAGAUGCGCAGCCAGUGUGCGGUCAUGAAGCCGUUGGCACUGUCCAAGUGCACGCCGAUGGCAGCGGUGCCACGAAGUGGUACUCGAUGCCGGCAAGCGGGUUGGAAAGGGAAGGGGCGACUCUGUCUCCUCUAGAGGUGUCAGCUGUGGGCAGCUUGCACAAGUUGGCAGCACCCGUCACUACGCAUCACGACCAUCGAGAGAACAGCGCGAGAUCGAACCCUCAUGACGUCGGUUCCUCUACGGAAAGCAUGCUGGAGAAUGGGGUUGCCAGCCGACAGGCCCGCGAAGAGAGAGUCAGCACUGCAGCUAGCCUGGGCAUGGCAUUGCAGACAUCCAACGCGACAAUUCUCCGACGAAAAGCCAGUGCGCUGGCAGCAGGCAGGCUGAUGGGUGAUCAGCUUGCCGCCGCAGGGAAGGAGAUGAGCGAGGUUGCUGCUGGUGCAGCUGCUGCUGCUUUCCAAUCUGCGGUUUCUGCGCAGCUGGGGAAUGAACUCUCGGCCAGCAUUGCGGCCGAGAGUGCUGGCCAAGCAGCAGGAAAAGCUGCAAAGAUGGCAGACUACCCUGAGCGAGGCAGUGUGCAGGCAGUUGCCGAUGCAGCCACAACCGCUGGCAAGAAGCACGGCUUGUCCCAGGACAGCGCAGCCGCAUCGGGAGCGAUGGCAGCAGGUCAUUUUGCAGCCGGAGAGGCAUCUUCUGACGGGCGCAUGUCUGAGGAAGUCGCGCAAGCGGCAGCUACAGCAUCUGCAGCUUAUGCCUACGGUGCCGGAUUGGCCACGAAAGACAUCGCUACCAUCUCGGCCAAAGCGGCAGCAUCAGCAGCUGCAGACCAUGCCGUUGCGGCCGGCAUGCAUCUGCAAGACAUUCAAAAGCUGGCUCGGCAAGCGGCCACUGUUGCAUUCAACACUGCCCUGGAGGUGUACACAAGCAUGGCUCACGAAGCCGAGCCCACGGACACUCCAAUGGAAGACAGCAAGGCUUCAGAGAUCCUGUAUUCACCAGCGGAGACAUCGGAUGGAGUGCAGGCCAUCAAGAAUUUGACCAACACUGCAGGCGAUGAAAGUGUAGCUUGGCCCUGGGCGUCACCCGAGCAUGCGCUGGAGAGCGCUGAAAGUUUACCGGCUCUGCCUGGUGAAGCUGGGGUGGUUGUAAGCAGCCUUUUCGGGGAGCCUGGUCAGCGUGGAAGCCGCGGGGCCACAGGGCCGCAGGGGCCUCCAGGUGCAGCAGGGCCUGCGGGUGCGGCAGCCCGCGGCCCACCCGGGCCUGCAGGACCGCAAGGCCCUCAUGGUCCACCAGGGCCACAUGGAGACCCUGGGCCCCAAGGCAUUCCAGGACCAGAGGGGCCAGUUGGAAGCAUGCCGGCCGAUACCCACACGUGGCAGCAGGUUCUAGACUACUAUCAAGAAGUACUGGGCAAAAUGGAGACAUCAUUGGGGAGGAAGCACCGCGCAGUGAACAAUGACCUUGUCCUUCUGAACCGGCAGGCUGCGCUCUACCAUGCACGGGAUGCUGGUGUAAGGCAUGGAGCAACGGGCCUGCAUGCGUACAUACUUCGAUCCUAUGCACGCAUUGCGGCAUCACUGUCCCAAGCUCUUCGGCUGGACCACACCGUCUCGGGGUCCUUUGCAGCAGAAACACCAAGGCAAGACUUGAAGGAUGCCAGGAAGCUUCUCUUGGUUGCGAGAGCGCAAAACAACUUCAUUCGCCAUACAGAGAGGGGAUCGUCACCGCAAAGAUGGCACGGAGCUGGCCUCCUGCAGGACAGCAUGAAAAGCCGGUCCAUGAAUGUAGUGAUGGGAUGGCUUGCUGCAAGUGUUUGUGUCUUCGGGCUUCUUCUCUGA